GAUAUCAAUAUUCAAUGCAUAAAAUACUGCUACUGCGACUGUAUUCACACGUCCCAAGAUCACACACUUUUUUAUUCUUUGAUUCAUUCAUUCAUUCAUGUGAAACUUUUCGGUGAAUGGAUCCAUUUCAGCAUCCUAUGCCUAUUUCCUUGUCGUUACUGAGACCAUAUUCACACAUGACAACAGCAACACACACUUUCACAAAGUAACAACUUGACCUUACUGCACCAGAUACAAAUAAUCAAUCUCUGAUUUCAUCUCUUUCGAUCCAAUCUCCAUCCAUAUCAUGGCGGCGGCGGUUGUUGGUGAAGCUUUUUUGUCUGCUUUCAUUGAAGUUGUCCUUGACAAGCUUUCUUCUCCUGAGGUUGUUGACUUGAUCCGUGGGAAGAAAGUUGCCGUCAAUUUGAUCCAAAGGUUGAAGAACACUCUUUAUGCUGUUGAAGCUGUGCUUAAUGAUACUGAACAGAAACAGUUCAAAGACUCUGCUGUUAACAAAUGGCUUGAUGAUCUCAAAGAUGCUGUUUAUUUUGCUGAUGAUCUUCUCGACCACAUUUCUACCAAAGCUGCUACUCAGAAGAACAAGCAGGUGAGCACCGCUGUUAACUACUUCUCUAGCUUUUUCAACUUUGAAGAACGGGAUAUGGUUUGUAAGUUGGAAGAUAUAGUUGCUAAACUUGAAUACAUUCUCAAGUUCAAAGAUAUUCUUGGUCUUCAACAUAUUGCAACUCACCACCACUCUUCUUGGAGAACUCCAUCCACCUCUCUAGAUGCCGGCGAAUCUAACUUAUUUGGUAGGGAUCAAGACAAAAUGGCCAUGCUCAAGUUACUGUUAGAUGAUGAUCAUGUUGAUGAUAAGACUCGUGUGAGUGUGAUCCCCAUAGUUGGCAUGGGUGGUGUGGGAAAAACUACUUUAGCCCAAUCUGUGUACAACCAUGACAAUAUAAAGCAAAAAUUUGAUGUUCAAGCAUGGGCAUGUGUUUCUGAUCAUUUCAAUGAACUCAAGGUUACAAAGGCAAUCAUGGAGGCAAUUACUAGAAGUGCAUGUCAUAUAAAUAAUAUAGAGUUGCUUCAUCUAGAUUUGAAGGAAAAACUGGCUGGAAAGAAGUUCUUAAUUGUUUUGGAUGAUGUUUGGACCGAGGAUUAUGACGCUUGGAAUUCACUUUUAAGACCUCUUCAUGAUGGCACCAGGGGAAGUAAAAUUCUUGUAACAACCCGAAGUAAAAAAGUUGCUUGUAUGGUACAAACUUUUCAAGGUUACUCUCUUGAGCAAUUGUCUGAUGAAGAUUGUUGGUCAGUGUUUGGAAAUCAUGCAUGCCUUUCUCCAAAAGAAUACACUGAGAAUAUGGAUCUUCAAAUAAUUGGCAAAGAGAUUGCUAGAAAAUGUAAGGGAUUGCCUUUAGCAGCACAAUCACUUGGGGGCUUGUUGCGAAGUAAACGGGACAUCAAUGACUGGAAUAAUAUACUAAAUAGUAACAUUUGGGAAAAUGAGAGUAAUAUCAUUCCAGCACUCCGAAUUAGUUAUCAUUAUCUCUCUCCCUAUUUGAAACGCUGCUUUGUUUAUUGUUCCUUGUAUCCUAAAGAUUACACAUUUCGUAAAGACAAUUUGAUCUUGUUAUGGAUGGCCGAAGAUCUUUUAAAGUCUCCUAAAAAUGGGAAGACUUUAGAAGAAGUUGGUAAUGAAUAUUUUAAUGACUUAGUUUCAAGGUCAUUUUUUCAAUGUUCAGGAAGUGAGAACAAGAGUUUUGUUAUGCAUGACCUGGUGCAUGAUUUGGCCACAUUGCUUGGUGGAGAAUUCUAUUACAGAGUAGAAGAACUCGGAAAUGAAACAAAUAUUGGUACCAAGACUCGACAUUUAUCAUUUACCACGUUCAUUGAUCCAAUCUUGGGAAACUAUGAUAUUUUUGGCCGAGCAAAACAUCUUCGGACAUUUUUGACAACCAAUUUUUUCUGUCCUCCAUUCAACAACGAAAUGGCAUCAUGCAUCAUUUUGUCAAAUUUGAAGUGCUUGAGAGUCUUGUCAUUUUCCCACUUUUCACAUUUUGAUGCAUUGCCCGAUUCAAUAGGUGAACUUAUCCAUUUACGUUAUUUGGAUAUCUCUUACACAGCUAUAAAGACGUUACCAGAGUCAUUGUGUAAUUUGUACAAUCUACAAACGUUGAAGUUGUGUUAUUGUUAUCGUCUAAGCAGGCUUCCCAAUGAUGUGCAAAAUCUUGUGAAUCUGCGCCAUCUUAGUUUCAUUGGAACUAGUUUAGAAGAGAUGACCAAAGAAAUGAGAAAAUUAAAAAAUUUGCAACAUCUGAGUUCCUUUGUUGUGGGCAAGCAUCAAGAGAAAGGGAUCAAGGAAUUGGGAGCACUUUCAAAUCUUCAUGGAUCACUAUCCAUUACGAAAUUAGAGAAUAUUACAAACAACUUUGAAGCCUCAGAGGCAAAGAUAAUGGAUAAGAAGUACCUUGAGAGAUUAUUAUUGUCAUGGUCUCAAGAUGUAAAUGAUCAUUUUACAGAUUCGCAAAGUGAGAUGGAUAUACUUGGCAAGUUACAACCCGUCAAGUACUUGAAAAUGCUUGAUAUAAAUGGAUAUAUUGGCACAAGAUUUCCAAAAUGGGUUGGAGAUCCUUCUUACCACAAUUUAACUGAAUUAUAUGUGUCUGGUUGUCCAAAUUGUUGUAUUCUUCCACCCCUUGGACUAUUACAUUCUCUCAAGGAUUUGAAAAUCGGCAAAAUGAGUAUGCUUGAGACUAUUGGAUCUGAAUAUGGUGAUUCAUUUUCCGGGACAAUUUUUCCCUCCCUUGAAAGUUUGAAGUUUUUUGACAUGCCAUGUUGGAAAAUGUGGCAUCAUUCCCAUAAAUCAGAUGAUUCUUUUCCUGUACUUAAAUCUCUUGAGAUUCGUGAUUGUCCAAGAUUGCAGGGAGAUUUUCCACCUCAUCUUUCCGUUUUGGAAAAUGUUUGGAUUGACCGAUGCAACCUGCUUGGUUCUUCUUUCCCAAGGGCUCCUUGCAUCCGCAGUUUAAACAUACUUGAAAGUAAAGUAUCCUUGCAUGAGCUAUCCCUUUCAUUGGAAGUUUUAACUAUUCAAGGAAGGGAGGCAACAAAGUCUGUCUUGGAAGUCAUUGCCAUCACCCCAUUAAUUUCUCUUAAAAAAUUAGAUAUCAAGGAUUGUUGGUCUUUGAUUUCGUUUCCCGGAGACUUUUUACCCUUAUCAUCCUUAGUGAGUUUGUACAUUGUAAAUUCUAGAAAUGUAGAUUUCCCAAAGCAAAGCCAUCUGCAUGAGUCACUGACGUAUCUUCAUAUAGAUAGUUGUGAUUCUCUCAGAACCCUCUCACUGGAGAGCCUUCCGAACCUCUGUCUUCUCCAAAUCAAGAACUGUGAAAACAUUGAAUGCAUUUCCGCUUCAAAGUCUCUUCAAAAUCUCUAUCUUAUUACAAUUGACAACUGCCCCAAAUUUGUAUCAUUCGGAAGAGAAGGAUUGUCUGCGCCCAACUUGAAAUCAUUGUAUGUUUCUGACUGCGUUAAAUUGAAGUCAUUACCUUGUCAUGUAAAUACUCUUCUCCCAAAGCUAAACAAUGUGCAAAUGUCGAAUUGCCCAAAGAUUGAGACGUUUCCAGAAGAGGGUAUGCCGCAUAGCUUGAGAUCACUUCUUGUUGGGAAUUGCGAGAAAUUAUUAAGGAACCCAUCUCUAACUUUGAUGGACAUGCUUACCCGACUUACAAUUGAUGGUCCAUGUGAUGGUGUUGAUUCCUUUCCGAAGAAGGGUUUUGCGUUGCUUCCUCCCUCCAUUACCUCCCUUGCUCUAUGGUCUUUUUCAAGCCUGCACACAUUGGAGUGCAUGGGGCUUCUCCACCUCACGUCCCUCGAGAAAUUAACAAUUGAGUACUGCCCCAAGCUGGAGACUCUGGAAGGAGAAAGGUUGCCUGCUUCUCUAAUCGAACUUCAAAUCGCUAGAUGUCCUCUGUUGGAAGAACGGUGCCGCAUGAAACACCCACAAAUUUGGCCCAAAAUAUCCCAUAUCCGAGGCAUUAAGGUUGAUGGAAAAUGGAUUUAGCCAACUUGAGCUUGGAUUUUCAACAGGUAAAGAUUAUCCGAGCAAGGUGUCAUUAUUUUUGUGGGCAAAGGAUAUAGUUAAUCACGAUGAAAUGGCUGAUCUUAAAAAUAUAUAUAUUUUUCUUACAGAUAUUGAAGCAGUUAACUUGGUGUAGAUUAUGCUAGGAAUAUCAAUCAUUCUUGCUUUGGUUUGGUUUGGACAAUUAUGUAAUGCAUAAUUUAUCUGGCAUAGUCUCCAUUAUAUGCAUGGCUGGCUUCUCCUCAGGUUCUUGACUUCAUCCAUGGGAAAAAAGUUUACAUCAAUUUGGUUCAAAGGUUGAAUAACACUCUUUAUGCUGUGGAAGCUGUGCUGAAUGAUGUGGAGCAGAAACAGUUCAAAGACUCUGCUAUUAAGAAAUGGCUCGAUGAUCUCAAAGACGCUGUCUAUGUUGCUGAUGACCUUUUCGACCACAUUUGUACCAAAGCUGCUACUCGGAAGAACAAGGAGGUGAGUACUACUAACUACUUCUCUCCAUUUUUCAAUUUUGAAGAAAGGGAUAUGGUUUAUAAGUUGGAAGACAUAGUUGCUAGACUUGAAUACAUUCUGAAAAUCAAUAAUAUUCUUGGUCUUCAACAUAUUGCAACUCACCCCUCUUGUUGGAGAAAUUCAUCAACUUCUCCAGUGGCAUUUAAUUAACCGCAUGUAUAAACUAAAACUAGAAUUUGACGCUUUGCGCGGAUUUAAUUUUAAUUUCUAGUUUUUAUAUGAUAAAUCUAGAUAAAUUAUACUUUUUUUUUUUGCUAACCACUGUAGUUAUGGUCUUUCACCAGUCUGAGGUAUGUAUCUCGAUGGUUUAGGCUUGUUCAGUCUGCAAUAUUACUAAUCAUAGCAAAACAUCUAUUUUUUAUAGAGUUGGACUACCUCAGAAAUUCAUAUUCUAUUCCUCACAAAUGGGUAACUACUUUUAAUGUCUAAGUUAACAUGUUCUUAACUUAAACUUACCAUUAUCUAUUUUACCAAUUUUAUUUAUGAAGUGGUCUAUAUGUUUGGAAAGUUUCGGUGGUAAUAUUAGCUUAACAAAAAUGCAAAUAGCAGAUGAUUGUAGGUGUUUGCAUAUUUCUAAGGAUAGUUCAAAGUAUAGCACUUUGUUUUUUUGAAUAAAGUAUAGUACUUUGUUGUUUGUUUGAUGAUAGAAUUAGUAAAAUAAAUGGUAAAGGAGCAAAAAUAAAAUGUGUCAUUCUUUAAAACCGUAGAUUUAGUAUCUGAAUCAGACUUGCUUGCUUCUUAGACAUUGCACAAGUUUAAUCAUUGAGCGUAGUAUGGCAAUUUAAAUAUAGAAGUUUUUUUUUUUUUUUUGAAGGAACUAAAUAUAGAAGAUUACUAACCAAUAUAUUUGGAAAUCUUAAAAGAAAAAAAUAUAUAACCUGUCAUACCAAAAAAAUAUUCACUAUAAUGCAAUCUACGGAAUGAACAUUGAACCUCUGUGAACUUGGUGUUGAGCAAGCCUUCAAAACAGAUGGCUUCAGCAGGGGAACAUACAUGACAUGAAAAUUAGCCACGUAUUUGGCUGGUAGUUCAUACAUUCCUGUAAAAUUGGUUCAGUGCAAAAAUUAUUUGUAGAAUGAAAUCAGAAUUUCAAAAUUAAUGUCUAUUAAAGUAAAACCAAUCCAUGAACAAUUUUCAAGUAGAAGCGUAGUUGCCUAAGAAUAAUAAUUUCCAAGAAAAUCAACAAACAUGCAUAAAUAGUAGUUGGAUUAUACUCAAUUUUAGUAAUGUUUCUCCAUUUUCAAUACAACACAAUGAUUACAUUCUCUCUUAUGCUCCUUUUUACUGCAACAAACCAUUCCAUGACAAAAGAAAAAACUUGCUAAAUAAAUAUCGCGCAAAGUGGUUUUGAAAGAAAUACAUCAAUGUUGGUGUUGGAAAUAUCACAGUUGGAAACCUAACUGUGACUGAAACGUUAGCCCGUAAGUUCAACAUCUCAACAUUGUCUGCAAUAAAUUCCUUUAUUUUGAAUUAAACAAACAAACGACCAACCUAACUUUUCGAGCAUUAAAUUACAACUGCGUUGAGCUGGAGAGUAGCGUGAAGAAAAUUAUUAUCUCAACUGUGUCAAUAGAAGCAAAUCAGAGAUGGUGGGUGAGUUGGGGAGGAUGAUUCUGAGUGUAGAAAAUGAGUAUCUGUGUUAAAGUUUGAUUAGAUAUUAGCUUAAGACAAUUACUUGUGUAACAAGUAAUUGCAGAGUCUAGUAACUAACUAACUCUUUUGACAGUUAUGGAAGUUACAAUAGUUAGUUAUAGUUAAACAACUAACUAUAGUUAAGCUUGUGAGGUACAUAGCAUAGUAUAAAUAAGUGUAUCUCAGUAUUGUAAAGACUAAGAUUUGUGAAUAGAAUUCUCUACAUUUCAAUGCUUUGUUUCCAAGUUCAUAGAAAAUUUUCCUCUCUUUUCCAUUCUAUAGAGAUUCAAUCUUAUAUUUUCACAAUCUGAUCUGCAGACUGAUAAGAGAGUAACGAACCUAAAGCAUGAAUGACGUAAGAGUAAAUGAUUUUCAGUUGGUGAAUUAGUAGGAGUAAAUGGUAGAUAUAAUAAGUGGCAAUUUUCUUAUUAAGAGGCUUUGAAGGUUGUCUGACAGAUAAAACGUUUUUGUUGGCUCGUGUAACUGAUAAAAUUUUAAUGAAGGUUGCCUGAUGAAUAUAGAGACUAGCUCACUUUUCAUUAUUUAGUUUGGUGUGCUUUUUUCAUUGGCAUUAGACACUUAACUUUGUAACUUUGUUGAGUGAUUCUCUCUGCACACCUUGUGCGAGUAGAAUCUCUCUUGGUGUUUAAUAUAAUCUCAUUUUGAUUUCUUCAAAAAAAAAAAGAGAUGAAUGUAUUUUAUUGGUAAA